AUGCGUUCUGCUCUUCUCACCAUUUUCUGCUGCUCUGUUGCCACUGCGCUCACUGGAGAAGAAGCUCUAGAAAAGUGGGGUGAACCUAGAGGUGGAGUGGAUCUCCCAGUUUAUUUGGACUUAUCCUUGGACAAACUGCGCCUGGCUGCAUCUGUGUCCCAAAUCUGCCUGGUUGUGAUCCUCCAUCUUCCUCUUGCAACGGAGAAUGUUGCGCAGCAAGCGAGGACUGCUGCAGCGGCGCUUGCACCAACCUCCAGAACACUCCUGGUAGCUGUGGAGCGUGUGGGAACACUUGCGCAGAAGGUGAGAGUUGCUGCAAUGGAGCCUGCACCAACCUCCAGAACAAUCCAAAUAACUGUGGAACUUGUGGAAACACUUGCGCAGAAGGGUUUCGAGGCGCAGGCCCCAUACACCGUGGGGUCCCAGCCGUAUGGCGUUGCGGUCGGCGACUUCAACAGAGAUGGCUAUCUCGAUAUCGUGGCUGCGAAUAUCGGCGACAAUACAGUGAGCGUCUUGCUCGGAACUGGAUCGGGGAUCUUCCAGCCGCAGGCAACAUUCCCUGUGGGGGUCAAUCCGUAUGGCGUUGCGGUUGGCGACUUCAACCGAGAUGGCUAUCUCGAUAUCGUGGUUACGAAUGGCGGCGGUAAUUCAGUGAGCGUCUUGCUCGGCGAUGGAUUAGGGGGGCUUCCAGCCGCAGGUAACAUUCCCCGCGGGGUCCUUUCCGCACGGUGUCGCACCGCAGGUCACAUUCCCGUGGGGUUCAGUCCGCAAGGUGUUGCAGUAGGCGACUUCAACGAAGAUGGCUAUCUCGAUAUCGUGGCUGCGAAUAGUGGUGGCAAUUCAGUGAGCUUCUUGCUCGGCGAUGGAUUAGGGAGCUUCCAGCCGCAGGCUACCUUCGUUGUGGGACCCGCGCCGCAAGAUGUUGCAGUGGGCGACUUCAACCGAGAUGGCUACCUCGAUAUCGUGACUACGAACAUCGGCGAUAGUACAGUGAGCGUCUUAUUCGGUGAUGGAUCAGGGAGCUUCCAGCCGCAGAGCACAUUCCCUGUAGGGCCCCUGCCACUUGGUGUUGCUGUGGGUGACUUCAAUAGAGAUGGUUAUCUCGACAUCGUGACUACGAGUAUCAACGGGGGUACAGGUAGAGUAAGUGUAUUGCUCGGGGAUGGAUCAGGGAGCUUCCAACCGCAGGCUACAUUCCCCGUGGGGUCCUUUCCGUAUGGCGUUGCGGUGGGCGACUUCAACCGAGAUGGCUUUCUCGAUAUCGCGGCUACGAAUAGCGGUAAUUUAGUGAGCGUCUUGCUCGGGAUACCUUGUAGCCCCUAG